AUGCCGGCCCCCACAGAGUUGACCCGACUCUCAAAAACUUUGUCAGUCCCCCCGAAGAAAAAGACCCAACCAGCUGUUAGAAAACCCGCUACUCAAAAACCAACGAAUAAGACCUUGAAGCCUAAAGUAGCCCAAGCAGCAACAGCAAAACCUGAACCUGCUGUCAAAAAUGAAAAAAGUGAUGAGGAUAGUUUAUUUGUCGGAUCUGCAUCGAGCUCGACACUUGCUCCGAACACAAAGCCAGUUGGACCGCCGCCUCCUCCCCCUGACAAUGAAACAGCUGUUACUCUAGCUUUGAAUGCCCUGGAAGAUGAUUGCAUCCGUGUGGUUCGCAAAGAGAAGUGUGCUGCUAUGGGCUUAGCCGCAGUGGCACAAUUGAAAGUCCUACUCCUGCAGAGUGUGAAGUCUCACCUUACUGAGCAUUGCGAUGAGAUUCUCUCCCUUGGGAAACUUCCCAGAAUUCUUAUUGGUGUCCUUGGCCACACGGGUGCCGGAAAGUCCUCACUCAUCAAUGCUCUCGUGGAACAAGAAACAAUCGUGCCGUGCAAUGCUAUGAGGGCGAGUACGUCUGUCGUCGUGGAAAUUGCAUACAACGAAUCAAAGGACCCACAGAGUGCGUUCAGAGCAGAAGUCGAAUUUGUCACGAAUGAUGAGUGGACCGAUGAAUUCGAUAUCCUUUCUAGCGAUAUAAAGAACAGGUCGGCUUCUGAACAACUCACCAUGAAUUCGACAACUGACGCGGGUCUCGCCUUCGCCAAGCUAUCUGCGGUCUACCCUGGCGUUCCUAUAUCGAAAGUCGUCCACAUGACUCCAGCUGAACUUAACAGACGCUACGAUCUUACUGAAUUUUCUGAAGCUGUGAAUGUUUAUAUCGACAGCAGCAAUAAGGGGACAGAUGCCGACGAGUUUGUAUACUGGCCUUUAGUUCGACUGGUCAAGGUCUACAUUAAAUCAGAAAUCUUGAAGAACGGCCUCGUCCUCGUUGAUCUUCCCGGCUUGGGAGAUUCGAAUGUGGGACGAACAAAGGUGGCAGAAGGGUAUAUCAAGAAGCUACGCCAUAUGUGGGUUGUCGCAGACAUCGUUAGAGCUAUUGACGAUAAAGUCGCGAACGAGUUGAUGUCCACGUCCUUUAAAAGAAGACUUCUCAUGGAUGGCCGGUAUCACGAAAAUUUUGUCACCUUCAUCAUGACCAAGACAGAUCAAAUCACCACCCAUGAGGUCAUACAAUCUCUGGGACUGGAUACAACAGUCUUGGAGGAGGAUGUGGUAACUGAAGCUCGACUGACAACCGAGCUGGACGAAUUGAAGAAGCAACUAAGCGAACAGAAGCACCAACAGAAGCAAUGCAAACGCUCCUUGAAGAAACUUGGAGACAUGUGUAGCCCAUCAAUGCCAAAUGCUAGGCAACGCAGCUUCGAGGAAGCCGAUACAGAAGCGGAACUAUCACAAGUUUCUGAGGAACGUUCACAGUUGGUCACAGAUUUGAAUGCCGCAAUCGCUGCGGAGACGGAACUGAAUGGCAAAAUUUCGAGGGUUAAGAAGUCGAUCAGUACCUUAAAUACACAGAUGAAGGCGGCCUGUAUUAAAGAGCGAAAUCGUUACACCCAGCGUGCGCUAGAGCGAGACUUCGAGAUAGGCCAAGGAGAACUGUUAGAGGAGCUGGAAGCUGGAGGAAAUGAAAUGUCUUAUUCAGCACCUCAAGGAAAUUCCAAGAAGAGCCUGAACACAUUUUGCGUGUCAGCAAAGGCGUAUCAGAAGCUUCAAGGCCGCUUUCGCCGUGACAACACCGUCAAGGGAUUUCUAAGCAUUGAUGACACGAACAUUCCCAGUCUCCAAGAGUUCGCCGAGGAAUGCACCCUUGCCGAUCGCGAAUUCGCUGCGGAUAAGGUUCUCACAGAGCUCAACCUUCUUAAGGUGACAUUGCAGUUGUGGGCUGAAAAUAGGGGAACCACAGCUCAGCUCACAGUGGAGCAGAGAGAGGCAUUGAAGAUGGAGGUUGAAAAGCAUUUCAAAGUCAUGAAAGAUGUCAAACACAACCAAGUUCCGAACCAACACCAUGGGCAACAUUCGCAUCUGCAAGAGCAAGACAUUGGAGCAAGACAUUGGAGCAAGGAUAAAGACCUCGCAUACCAGACAUGGAAAGCAAUUUGUACUCGUAAGGGUGAAAAGUACCACGCUGGUAAAAAGGUCGAGCAUUACUGGAACGAAGAAUUUCUUCAACUGUUCCUGGAGCCCCUGGCCAAGCCUUGGAAUCAUGUUUUCCAGAAGAAGAUCGAGUUGCAAAACCGCAACUAUGCAGUUCAAACCAUCCAGUCGCUCAGGGACUUCCAGAAAGCCAUCCAUCUGUCAGUAACAGCAAUUUGUGGCAAAUACGCUCUGGCCCACAAUGCUUUGAAACAGGUUCCAAUCCUAGAGGACCAGAUUCAAGGUAGGGUCAAAGAAGCACUGCAAGCUGGCCAAGCCUCUGCCCAAGAUGCUCAUCGGGCGAUUGGUGAGACUGUCAAGAAGCUUAUGACCCCGUAUUACGUUGAGUCUGAUCAAGUCAAGGGCAAAGGGGCCCUCGCUCGCCUUAAGCAACUGCUUAGAGAUUUCGCCAAAGACAAGGCUCAGCCAAUGUAUCAUGAAGCUUCCGAAACUCUAGGUAAAGAAUUGGAUAAUAUGAGGGGCGUUCUUUCAAAGGAGAUAGCUGCAGCAGCACGACAAGCUCAAGCAAAGCUCAAGAAAGAUAUCCUAAGCGUGAUAUCCCAAGGUCGAUUUGACGAGAAAGCUGCAAAAUCCGUUGCCACAGCCGAACUUAGGAGUCAAGCCAAAAAUGGCUUGCUUGCUCUGGAAGAGGCAUGGGCAAGUGAACUUGUCAACCCGAGCACUGACCUAAGGGCUCGCGAUGCGUUCGCAGGCAGUGCACAAGACCCCGACGCAUCUGAUGAUGAAAGCGACCACCCUGAAGUGUCCGAUGGAUUGUCAGAUUCCUCCUUGUCGGAGGAAGAUAAUGAUGAUUCGGACGAUGAAGAUUACGAAGGAUAA